AUGUGGUUCGCCGGCGUUAGGAGAAUCUCGUACCGUUUCGUGGUGGGCCUUCUGGUAAUCUCCGUGCUGUUCAUGUGGGUUUGCUCCCACUCCUGCCGGUUCGAGGCUGCCAUUCGAAUAUCUUCUUCUUCCACAGUGCCGGCGAAAGCCAAGCUUAGCCAUGGCGUUUUGGAUAACAAGAGCAAGCAGGAUCUGGUUCACAAGUACUUCAGAGGAAAAAGAGCUUUUGGUCCGCCCGCCAUUAAAACGACACAGAAGGGCUUCGACGACAGUAAAAGAAGAGUCCCCAGUUGCCCAGAUCCUCUCCACAAUUAA